AUGGUCAAAAGCUCCUCUUUUGACCCGGGUCACCACGACCGCGUCACAGUGCUGCACACCAACUUCAACGGUACCCGCAUCCUGACAGCCUCAAUAGACCACCGCAUCAAAGUGUGGGAGCGCAACCCGAAGACGGGCGAGAGGACGUUGCUCGACACCUUUACGGCGCACGAUUCCGACGUUAGGGAUGCCAAAUUCCUCCACCCAACGCUGGGCACGCACCUGGCCAGCAUCGGCAACGACCUGAAAUUCCACCUCUGGAGCGAAGACGCGUCGCAGGCUCCCCGGGGCGGCCACCGGUUCCGACGCACGGCCACGAUCCCGUCGACGCCGCGCGUGCCCUUUGUGAGCAUGGACGUCAAGACGCUGGCGACAGACCACGUCUCGACGUUCCUGGCGCUGAUCGACCGGCAGGGCUUGCUGAGUGUGUACGAGCCGAGCAGCGUGGACGACCUGCGUGAGUGGGCGCUGUUGGACUGCUUCAACGUGUGCGCCGCCCCGGCCAACGUGCCCGGCCGCGGCGAGGAGACCAGCUUCAAGGUGCGCUUCGACCCGAACCCGACUCCGUUGGCGUAUAUCAACUCGGUCAGCGACGACCGCGACCAGCUGGGUUUGGUGGUCUGCGCGCUGAACGAGGUCAAGAUCUACCGCAGCGUCGUGCCCUCGAACUCCGGCACCGGAGCGGACGUGAGUGUCGGAGGCAUCGGCAUGGGCAUUGGUGUCGGGACGGGGAUCUCGAGCGGGGGCGGCAACGCCAGCCAUCGGCUGAUGUUUUACGAGGCCAUCCGGCUGCCCGUGCAUCCGGCGUUGGUGAGGGACGUGGCGUGGGCGCCGUUCAGCGUGCGGGGCACCGAUCGCAUCGCGACGGCAUGCAAAGACGGCGCGGUGCGGGUCUUUGAGCUCGGUGUUGCAGAGGGACCCGAUGGACAUGGACACGGACACAGGAACGGAAACGGAAACGACAAUGGCGGCAGCCACCGCAACGAUGGCACAGAACAGCAGCAGCACACCACCCCGACCCCGUCACGAAGUACGAGCACGCAGCAGCAGCAGCAGCGCUACCAGCAACAACAGUCGAGUCUAACGACCCAAAUCACCGGCCGACACUCCGCGGCGACACAACAACAACACCCGUCCUCAUCCUCGUCCUCGGCGGCGGCGAGCGCCGCUCACGCAGCGAAUCCCUCACGGACAGGGUACACGGCGUUCCCGUACCUGACCACCCUCUCGUCAGCCACCACACUCGCCCCGGCGCACACGGACGCGUGGGCCCUCGCGUUCGACGCCCAGGGCCAGGUCCUCAUGAGCACCGGCAGUGACGGGGUGACGCGGGUGUGGCGCAAGAGUGUGCUGGGCGGGCAGUGGAUGAUGUUUGCCGGGCAGGAGAUUACCGAGGACGACGACGACGAUGACGAUGAGACGGACGAGAAAGACGAGGGAGAUGGUGACGUAUUGGAUGAGAAACACGGUCGAGAGAAGGAGUAG